AUGGACUCUUUUGGUCUCUUUAUCCUUCUUAUGCCUCUGUGUUUCCAGUGGACAGCUGCCCCUGCUGCCGAGGAAGUUACCUGGACCUACACUGGCGUGGUGGGUCAGUCUGAGUGGUCACAGUACUUCCCCGACUGCGGUGGUACUUCUCAGUCCCCUGUUGACGUGGUAACCACCCAGACUAAAUAUGACCCCAGUCUGAUCCCUCUGACUCCACUGGGCUACAGUCAGCACGGCAACAAGCCCUUCACUCUGUACAAUAACGGACAUACAGCGGUGAUCGAGCUGCCAGACUGGAUGGGACUGGCGGGGCUGCCCUGGCUCUUUACAGCUGUGCAAAUGCACCUCCACUGGGGCAGCGGCGGCCCAAGUCACGGGGGCAGCGAACACACCAUCAACGGGCUGAGUGCUGAUGCAGAGCUACAUGUGGUGCACUACAACUCCGAGCUCUACCCCAACAUGUCCACAGCCAUGACACAGAGGGACGGCUUGGCUGUUUUAGGAAUUCUCAUUGUGACAGGUGAGGAGACCAACCCGGCAUUCAACAGCAUCCUCAACUACCUGAACCGCAUCAGACAUGCUGAUCAGAAGGUGUCCAUUCCAGCCUUUGACGUCCAGUCUCUGCUCCCGAAGGAUCUGGAACGCUACUAUCGCUACAAUGGCUCUCUAACAACACCGCCCUGCUACCAGAGCGUGAUGUGGACGCUGCUGCAUGAGCGGGUUCAAAUCUCAAAGGCACAGCUGCUGAAAAUGGAGACGUUACUUUACUCCAGUAAAGCUGAAGAUGCAGACAGGAUGCUGCUGCAGGACAACUACCGCACAACGCAGCCGCUCAACCACAGGGUGGUCUUCACCUCCUUCUCUGCAGAAUCGGGGAAGGAGCUCUCCUCGGGCGAAGUCACAGCUAUAGUAAUAGGAGUGAUGUGUGGCUGCGUAGGCCUUGCUGUCAUCAUUCGCUUCAUCGUGAAGACAAUACGAUUUUUUACACUCCUCCACCAUGAAUCAGUCGUGGUAAACAGCUCUACCUCUAGCUGGGACGUCCUACACAGUAACCGGCCUGCUCCCAUGCCAAGGAUGAAGGAGCCAGAAAAGGCAAAAGAGAAAAAACAAGAUGUGGCUCUGAACACAACUUCCGAAGGAGAAAAGAAAGAAGAACCCUCGCCGCCCCCGCAAACUGAGCCCUAG